UGUAAGUGGGUUCUCAAUCUUCCCAAACUGCUGGCGAGCUUCCCUAAACUGCUCCACCAACAUCUCAUGUUUUUGGCCCACCAGGGUACUCCCAGGUUCUCAAAAUGCCGCUGUGGACCAGCUUCACCCUGCAGGAGGUACCGCCGUCGCAGAACUUAACAGAGAUGUGGUCUAGCGAUCUGCGUCUCAACAAAACCACCACAGCCACCUGCAGUUCAUAUUUUAACUUGACAACACCCAUGGGUGAGAACAUCUCUAUGUUCCCACUCUUCCCUCCUGACUUUUCUGUGGACGAGUCACUGCCUCCUCUACCGUUCCUUGUGAGCAACUUAGUGCCGGGCUCAGCACAGCUGGAGGCUCCCUGGCAGGUCCUGAUGGAAGAGCUGGUGCCGGCCUGGCUGGAUCUCUACGGACCUCUCAACCUGCUACUGGGGCCAGUCUUCGACAACAACGCUGACUCCCUUCCUGACAACUUAGAAAACUUCAGCAUCCCAGAAGUUCCAUCUGACCUGUUCGCUGUGGUGACCCGCUGCAAGGUAAAUGUGACCUCGAUUGACCUCUGCCCUCCCAAUAACCUGGACGCUGUAUCCUUCAUUAUACCAGAGGAGGAGGUCGUCUCUAACAACUUGGAAGACACAGCCUACCUGCUGGAGUUCAGUGCCAAGGUUCAUGAUGUGGAGUUGGUCACUGGACUUACCUUCUUCCCUGCUCUGGACUUCCAACCCCGCACCUCCCUCAUUCUCAGGAUCCAGUCACAACUAUGGAACACAUAGUGCUGCUAUACUUACAAUUGUCCCUAUGAUUAUAUUCAUGGAAAAGUGCUAAAUCCACAGGAAUCAUUCUGCUACACUCACUAAUUGUAAAUUGAGAAAAAAGAGUAGGGUCGAUGGGAUGCUAGGAUUUUUGUUUUUAGAGUGGUAGAUCAAUGAAAUGAAUUACAAGAGGAUGUAUUAAAUGUUUCAGCCAUUGGAUAUUUAAAAAGAACAAAAUGAUAUGAUAAAUGAAACCACAAAUGUAAUUCUGCUCCUGUACCUACAAAUAAUUACAAUUAUUACAUAGGUCAGUACCAAUUUUGUUUAAUUAGUACAAAUUGUGGCUGACUUCUGGUCAUUAGGCCCAAGUAUUAUUAUUAUUAUUAUUAUUAUUUAUUAAUUUAGAAGUUUUCACAUUUAUGUGGUUGCUGGAGUCAAGCCACACCACUGAACUUAACACUUGCCAGAUCACUCUUUCCUAGUUCUGUGGGUCCUAUAAUGACUUAUUCUUAAAAUUAUGUACAUAGUCUGCCUCCACCAGUUCUUCAAGAUCAUUCCACUUCCUAACCACCUUGAGACUGAAGAAAUACUUCGUGACAUCCUUGUAACUCAUCUGUGUUUUUAGCUUUCAACUAUUUUAAUGUUACUGAUUGUGAAAAGGAUUUAGAGGUUCUGGUUAGUAGUAAUCUGAAACCAAGACAACAGUGCAUAAGUGUUUGCAAUAAAGCAAACAGAAUCCUUGGCUUCAUAUCAAGAAGCAUAAAUAAUAGAAGUCCUCAGGUUGUUCGUCAACUCUAUGUAUCUUUGGUUAGGCCUCAUUUAGAUCAUGCUGCACAGUUCUGGUUACUGUAUUACAGAAUAGAUAUAAAUAUGUACACUGGAAAACAUACAAAGGAAGAUUGCACAGUUGAUCCAGUGUAUCAGAAAUCUUCCCUAUGAGGACAGACUGAGGGCCCUGAAUCUGCACUCUCUAGAAAGGUGUAGAAUUAGGGGGGAUAUGAUUAAGGUCUAUAAAUGGAAAACAGGAAUAAAUAAAGGGAACGUAAAUAGCGUGUUAAAAAUAUCCAGCCAAGAUAGGACUCGCAGCAAUGGUUUCAAGUGGGAAACAGAGUUGUGGAUGAGUGGAACAAACUCCCGAGUAACAUCAUAGAAGCUAAAACGUUGUGUAGUCUUAAAAAUAGGUUAGAUAAAUACAUGAAUGUGUGGGGGUGGGCGUGAGUUGGACCUGACUAGCUUGUGCUAGUAGGUCUGAUGCCGUGCUCCGUCCUUAAGUGGAUGUGACUUGGUCCAGAUAAGGUUGGGUCAGUGGCAUAAGCUGGUAGGCAACUUGGACCUGCCUCGAAUGGACCAGUAGGCCUGCUGCAGUGUUCCUAGUUUCUUAUGUUCUUUGUCCCUGAUUAUCUAUUAGCCUCCUCUCAAACAGCUUGUCCUUGUCUGCCUUAUUAAUUAUUUUGCAUGUUGCUGUCAUGUCUUACCCUUCUGUCCUUAGAUUCAAUUCCUUUAGCUUUUCUUUGUACCUCAUACCCCUUAGCUCUGGAACUAGUCCCAGUGUGUACUUCAGCACUUUCUCCAGUUUCUUAACAUGCUUCCUGAGGUGAGUUCAGUGCUGGUGCUUUAUACUUCAAGAUGGGCUUGAUAUAUGGUGCAUAAAGUACUUGGAAUGACUUUUUUUUUUGAGAUUCCUGAAGGCCAAGCUCAGAUUUGCCGGGUGAGCAUUGGCUGCA